UGAGAUCGUAUGUUUACAACAAUACUAUCCAGAUACUCGUAUUGUGUUACAGUUAUAACGUGUGAUAGCGAUACGUUAUUUGAGUUAUAGUGCGUUACUAGUUCCCAAUCAUGGAGGUCAUUAACCUUAUGUGCAUCGUGUUAGUUAAAUAAACUAAAAAAUCAUUGAACGGAUCCCAGUAUAUAAAUUUAAUAACUGGUUGUGUUAUUGAAAAGUAUAAUGCAUUAUUAUUUAAAGCACAAUCACCUUUUGUUUGAAACGACACGUGUUCAUGUUCGAAAAUGCGUAUAGUGCGAACACUGCAAUAACAGAUUAGUUCCCUUGUCUAAAUGUAGGACAUUAUAUGGAAAUCGAAAGUACUGUUCUUAAGGUUGUUGACGAUAACAUUUAGUGAAGGAAACUAUGUUUAGCAUCGGAGAUUGCUUGCGGUUGUGCAAGCUAGGAUUUGAAGCAGGUGAACCAUUAAAGUUACCAAAUGAUUGGCUCGACUAUAAGUCAUUGCAUCCUCGGGCAAUCACAAGCCAACCAACAAAAGAUCUUACAAACACAGUACGUCAGAACCAAAACCAAAUCCGAGAUGCCAGUUCACAAAUAAUAAAAAACCAACGAUUGUCAACCCAUGAGGAACAAAUCAGCACAUUUCGCAGCAACUUUGAGAAUGAUAUGUCGGUGAAUAUUCAACUCGAACACGAAAAUAAGAUAUUACAGGACAGAUGUAACUCCCUGGAGGAAAACAUCAGAACACAUCGUAGCAGCUAUGAGAAUGCUUUGUCGGUAAAUGCUCAACUUCAAUACGAAAAUAAUGAGCUACAGAGCAAACUCAAUGCAUUCUAUGUAACUGGCUCGCAAUCUAUGGCAAAAAGUGGAACAUCAGAAAACACCAACGACAAGUAUUCAAACACACGACUUGCUGAUCGAUUUGAAGGGAAUGUCAAAAAUGUAUGGUUGGAUCUUUGUGACCGUCUUCACGACACCUUUCCUGAGUUGGACCGUCUCAAAGCAUUGUCCAAUAUCAUUAAGACUGUAUCGACCAAAUGUAUGGAGAAGGCUGAUGCAGAUAUUCAAAUUAUCACUUCAAGCUACACUGUGGAUAAGAAGGAAAUGAACAAUUUCUUGGACCUCCGGAGACGAUGUGGUCAAACCGAAAGUAAAAUAAAGGAUGUUGUUGAGGAAAUUGCUGAUCUGGUAUGGAAAUAUGAAAAUGUGGAAACAAUAGUAAAAACGAAUAGUGCAAAUCAAACAAUAGUUCUCGUUCGUAGAUUUAUUAAGGAUAUGAUCGAGGUUUGUUGGUUGAUGUCCAUCUCUCAGCCUCCGUUGGUGCUCAACUUUGAUGUUGAAGGCAUCGUGUAUACCCCCGAUGUCAAACAAAAGUUUACCGAAUAUUCGACCGAGGAUGUGAUAGAUUCGGAUUGUGAGCCAGGUACCAUUAUUCUGGUCGUCUGGCCGUCGGUAGAACAUCGAGACAAAAGUGGAUUCUUGAAAAAAGGAGAGGUUAUAGUAGUUCCGAGAUGUGAUGUGGACGUUACAAACUGAAAACAAAUUUUUAAGUUCCUUAAUGACCAUAAGAAUAUUGCAAUAUUUGCUCAUGCGGAUAUUUUGUUCAGCAUGUGCUAAGGCAUGCCAUGAAUUCGGGUUGUGUUCCUGUUAUGUAAUUAUGUUAUAACUUUCCCUAAACUAUUAUAAACUGUAAUUUAAUGGUGGCUGGUUAUAUUUGUAUCGUAACAAACGUAUUGGUUGUACAUCUCUUUUGUUAUUUGAAUGAAUAUAUAUUUAAUGCAA